CAACUGAAGCAGGACCAGAUUAUCACGUCGGGGUUUACAAGCUCCUAACAACAAGAGAUCCUCAGCUGAAGGCGGUAAAGAAGCAGUUUUUCGUUGUUGUGCCAUGUUUCUGAACGUCCCUCCCGCAUGCCCUACAGAAGUGUUUCACUACUUCAAAGAAUGUCCUAUUCCGCUAACAAAGUGCCGCGAUUGGCUGGAUAAAGAGUUUUUUCAGCGUUGUGAGGAGCUACUUCAACAUCAGUGGACGUCCAAGGGAUCCUUUGUUACUAAGAGCAAAGAAGAAAAGCCUUAUGAUGAAGUGGGCCCUUACGCGAUGGACGUUGCAACCUCAAUGUACGAUCACAGUCGCUCAGCUCGGAUACAACACAUGAACCAUACGAGCGCCACUUCGCCGUACCAUCACACGCCAGCCUCUGGAGGAGGAGUGUCGAAUGCGAUGAGCGCCGUUUCUGAUAUUCAUAAGAGCGAUAAGGAGUUAAUAUAUGGGCAUUCACUGUUCCCUCUUCUCGCGCUCAUAUUCGAGAAAUGCGAGUUGGCAACGUGCACUCCUCGGGAACCGGGAGCUGUUGGAGGAGACGUGUGCUCGUCCGCUUCAUUCAACGAGGAUAUCCAGGUAUUUUCGAAGCAGUUCAGGAGUGACAAGACGCUUUUCUCGUCCAACCACGAAGUCGAUAGUUUGAUGAUUCAAUCGAUCCAAGUCUUGAGAUUUCACCUCCUGGAAUUAGAAAAGGUGCACGAGCUGUGUGACAACUUUUGUAAGCGCUACAUUUCCUGCCUUAAGGGGAAAAUGCCCAUUGAUCUUGUUAUGGACGAGAAGGAAAACAUAGGCAAAAGCAGAAGCGACAGCGAUGCUUUGGACAUCGAUUCACCGCCAGAAAGCGCCCUGCCACAGCCACCGAACCCUCCGAACUGGCAACCCGGUCAAGGAGAUGAAGCCACCGGUUCGGGCUCCAACUCUCAAUCGUCUUCUCGACCACCGUCCAACUCUGGGGUCGAUGGGCCCACAACUCCGGAAGACCCAUCGUUAAACACGUCUGUUGGCUCGGAAGAUGGCACGGGAGACAACACCGACGACGAACAGUCGAAGAAAAGCCAGAAGAAAAGAGGGAUCUUCCCUAAAGCUGCCACGAACAUAAUGAAGGCAUGGCUUUUUCAACAUUUAACGCAUCCGUACCCAUCUGAGGAACAGAAGCGAUCUUUGGCUCAAGAAACCGGUCUAACUAUCCUACAAGUUAACAACUGGUUCAUCAACGCCAGAAGACGUAUUGUUCAGCCGAUGAUAGAUGCUUCGAACAGAGCAGGAAAGUCACCGGUUGUCACGGUGUUCAAGUCGAGACGGCGCAAAAACUCGUUAGGACAAGGUCUUCCUUCACCGGGACCAAGAUUUGGCCCUCCGGGAGCACCCCCAGGAUAUUACCCAGAUCAGCACCACCCUCCUCCACAUCCCAAUUACCACAUGGAUGGUGGAGUCCCACAGCCGCCACAUUUUGGACCAAGAGGGUACAUCCAAACAGGCGAUCCCUCAGUGAGUGGAGUUGGUACAAUACCUCCUAUGUCAGCUAUGUCUGCAGGACCACAUUCAAUGCACGCUCAAAUGCCCGCACACGCCUACAGAUCACCUAUGCCUCCAACUUCAGUCCACCAGGGUCAGCCCAUGUAUAUUCCUGGUCACCCACAUGCUAUGAUGAUGCCCCCACCAGGGCACCCACACGCUCAUCCUCAUCACCCCGGUCACCCGGGUCAUCCUGGACACCCGGGAGCACAGCUUAUACCUUCCACACAAACAUCGCCCACUUUAAUUUCGUCUGAAAAUGUGUUGACAAUGACACAGCCCGUCAUGGACAUGCAUUCGAGUUAAGGUUGAACGAAAAUAUGAACAAAGUUUACUGAUUUACGCCUGACUUGUUUUGUUUCGCGUUGAACGUCGAUAGCCCUUAGUGAAGUAUUUUUAGACAUACAGAAAUAUAAUAUAGAAUUAUUGAUUAUAUUCGCAGAAAGUUUGUAAAACUUUCGGUUUAUGAAGAUUUUAUAGGAAAAAUUCAAUGAAUAGAUAUGCCGUGUUAUUAUAGAGUUCUAUUAAACUUGCCCACUGUCGUGUGAUGAUUCCAGCCUGUACUCUUCCUUUCAAAAAGGACAUUUUAGAGAAUUUUAGACAAUGAAAUCAGUUUUUGUAUGAUUUUAAAAACAGUUUCUUCCAAGAAAGGUGUUAAUGUUGAUAUGAUGUACCAUAUUUGAGUAAUGACGACAGUUUCGUAGUAUUUUGUUUAUAUGUGAUGCUAUUUUGUAAAUGCAAAUAGAUAGCCUUUUAAAAUUAAUCCAGAUAUAUAUAUGAUCAUGAUUCAAAAUUAUGUAUUUGUUAAUGAGAAUUGAAAGAAGAAACAUAAAUAUAAUGCUCGCUCAAUGCAUCGCGAGACUUGUUCUUUUA